UUUUUUUGUUGUUUUUUUUAUAUUGUAGACUUGUGGUAUUUUUUCGCUAUAUUCGUACGUAAAACACCAAUUAAUGGUCCAGGCCGCAGGAAUCGUGCCUUAAAUGAAACCUUAUCAACACUACAUUAAUUGGAUAUCUUGUGUCAUUAACGGUUCGGAAUACGUCCCUAUGCAGAAUCCUAUCAGAAGCACAAUUACACCAUGAAUAUAAUUUCAAUUCAUUUCCUGUACAAUUUCUUUUUAAUACAAUAUCUUGACUGAUUACGAGUGAACUUUGUAAUCUUAAAAUUUAAUAAUCUUUGAAUUUCUGACGGUAGUUUAGAAAAUUGUUGAAACGUUAUACACACUCGAAUUGAAACGCGAUUUAUCUCCUUAACUACGAUAAAAUUCAAAGUGUGUCCCUGCAAACGCUGUGAAUUUUUUUUUAUCAAAAUGAUUUAUGGGUUUUUCAGCGAGAUGAAAACAGUCCAGAAAUUACCCAGGGCAUUUAAUUCAAGACGGACAAAUAUUUCAGAUACAAAAAAUCGUAGAGGAACAAGAAUGUCAUGGAAAAUAUCGACAAAACUGGAAAGAGAUGUCAAGGAGGUACGAAUUUUUCUUUUAAUAUACCUCAUGUACAUAUAAGUAAAGAUCGGAGAUUUUAAUCCAUACACAAGCUAAGUGAAAGUCUUUAGAAUACAGUUACUGACUGGGAUCUCGGACACAGUCUAUAACUGUUUUGUUAUACACCUUCAGUUUUAGGUUCUUUUACUAGAUGCGCAUUGUUUGUUGACUUUGAACUUGUGACAAGACGUAUUCACUAGUUUAAAAGAAAACAUACCCAAUAUCCUAAUUAAUGAUGAAUAAUUACAUUCCUCGUGUUUCUGUUUCUGUUUCAUCUAAUAAAUUCUGCAUAUCAUCAGUCAGUCAGAUCAGUAAACCUCGCCAUUACGUAAACAGGGCAGCAGACCGAGAAUCACGUGACUUGCGUAGCCAAAAGAAUUACAUGUUGGGCAGACUAUUGCCUGGUCAACAGUUGACUGGUCAAUAGACCACGAGUGUGAAAAAAAUUUUAACAGUAAAAUUUUUGGUUCUAAAUCGUAUUAGUUUUAUUUAAGAAAAAAAUAAGGUGUAUAAAAAUAUGUAAGUUAGUACUCAAAUACCUCCGCCAAUACAAUUACGAACUAUGUCUUUAUCACUGGAGUGAUUUGCCUGUAUGUACAUCUCUAGGCAAAAUAUGUGUGGAUUUUUACAAACAUUUGUUUACGAGACUAGGAACAAUUGAUAAGAUGUUUACAAAUAUGAUCUACAAACAUGGGCGCCUUAGACUGGCUUCCUAAGCCUUGACAAUGGUUUAUUCCUGACAGGAAUGGUGUUUAUCCUUAUUUACAUAAUUGUGGAGAGCACCGACUUACGUCAUCACUUAUUCAAAGCUUCACGAACCUCUCAUUUGUCACCAGUUUUCCCUCCAAGUCUCGCGCCCACUGCAAGCAACGGUACCAGUAAACCUACCCGCCACUCCGGCUUUCUCUGUGGGUCUGUAAAAGGGAACUUAGGAAACCGGUUGUUUGUUUUUGCAUCUAUAUAUGGCAUUGCCAAAAUGAAAAACAUAACUUACGUCAUUCCAAAACACGACACACUAUUACACACAUUUAACCUAGGAAAUGACUCUACUCUACUGGUUUCACGGGACUUCCGUAAGUGCAAAGGAACCGUGUACCGAAAGGAAAGAAUAUGUUGCGGGUACGACCCAAAAUUAUUGAAUUUAGACUUAAGUAAAGGAUAUACAUUAAUUACCUAUCUACAGUCCUGGAAAUAUUUUGAAGGAGCACAGAGACACCUGAAGAGUCAGCUGACAUUUAAGAUUGACACGCAGUUGUGGGUAAAUCAUACUUUAGAAAAAAUACUGCAAAAUCAAAACUACACACAACGUGAUGACGUCACAUUUAUUGGUAUUCAUGUCCGGCGUGGAGAUAUGAUGACGAGUGUAUCUGGCUAUGGAUAUCAAGUGGCCACGCCUGCCUACUUACACAGAGCAAUAGACAAUUUCAAACAUUUGUCAAACGUGAUUUACAUCGUUUGCUCGUUAGAAAUACGAUGGGUCAAAGGUCAUUUACAUAACCUCACCAAUGUAUACUACAGCGACCCAAAGCAUGGGCCGCAGAAAGACCUAGCACUAUUGGCUGCUUGUGAUCACGUGAUUACAACAGUGGGGACGUUUGGUUGGUGGGGAGGAUGGCUAUCAGGAGGAAAUGUCACGUACUAUAAAUGGCCCGCAAAACCUGGAUCCGGCCUCAGAUCGCAAUUCAGCAGGGACUAUACGGAUUUCUUUCUACCUCAGUGGAUUGGCUUGUAAUGGAAUUGUCACAAUUAAAUCUAGAUGUUCCAUUUUAGAAUUACGUCAAGCCCUCAUAUAACAAAGAAAAAAAGCUUCAUUCAUUCAUUAAGACCAAUAUCUAUGAGAGAAAAACUUUGAGAAUUAAAUGAAAAGAAUUAUCAUA